CGAAGCUAGGCAAUCUUAAAAAAUUAAAAUGAGAUUCGCCGUGUUCAUACUGGCUUGCGUCUUGGCGGUCGCCAACGCCCAACAAAACUCGGGAAGAUACGUCCCCGAAAAACAGUACAACAACCAGUACAACCGUUACAACAACAACCAGUACAACCGAUACAACAACAACCAGUACAACCCACAAAACAACCGCUACAACCCAUAUGGCAACUACAACCGCAACCAGAACUACAAUGGUUACAAGCCUUUUGUGACCUCCACUCCUUUCCCCCGUCCUUCCGUCACAGUGACCCCAGCUCCUUCAGUAGUCCCGAAAGUGACCCCUGUACCAGUAGUCACACCCUUCGUGCCUGUUGUGCCUGCCGUCACCCCUACCCCCUUCGUUCCCGCCGUAGCUGCCGUUAACGCCGCCAGGGUUGCCGCUGACUCCCGUGCCGCCGAGACUGUCAAAUACGGAAAUGAAAUCAACCCUGAUGGAGCCUACAACUACUUCUACGAAACUAACAAUGGUAUCGCGGUCCAGGCUCAGGGUACACCCCGUAACUUCGGUGGUAACCCCCCCGUAGUUCCUGAUGUAGUUGAAGGUUCCUUCUCUUGGUACUCCCCCGAGGGUCAGCUCGUUUCCAUCACCUAUGUUGCUGACGAGAACGGAUACCAGCCCACUGGUGACGCCAUCCCCCAGCCACCAGCAGUACCAGAACAGAUCGCUCGCGCCCUCGCUUACAUCGCCAGAACCGCGCCAGUCUCGUCCAUCGCCGACAGAACCUGAACAAAUAGCUAAUUAGUUAUUAAUAUUUACGAAUCA